AUGCCAUUCAAUGAUCCAAUCGGGUCAAUCGUCGAGGCAGUUUACCCAUCCCUCUUGCAGAAGUACAAUGACCCAACAUAUUUGCAAGAAAGAGCAAUACUUACUCCUAAAAAUGAAAUGGUCCAUGAAUUGAAUGAUACAAUUAUGCAAAUGAUUCCAGGUGAAGGAAGAACAUAUUUUAGCUCAGACAAUGUGUGUAAAGCAAGUGUCAACACUAAUGAUGAAGAUCUGUUGUACCCAAUAGAAAUUUUAAACAACUUAAGAUUUUCGAGAAUUCCUAAUCAUGACGUACACUUAAAAGUAGGCACUCCAGUUAUGCUUCUCAGGAAUCUAAAUCAAAGUGAAGGACUAUGCAAUGGAACAAGAUUGAUUGUCACACAUCUUGGUAACUGGUCUAUUAGGGCAAAUAUCAUCUCCGGAAAGAACAUUGGCUCGAAAGCAACAAUACCAAGAAUUAUUAUGUCUCCUAAUGAUUCAAAGUGGCAAUUCAAGUUUAACAGACGAGAACUUUCUGUAGCACCAUGCUUCGCUAUGACAAUUAAUAAAAGUCAAGGACAGUCUCUCAACCAUGUUGGAUUGUAUCUUCCUAAACAAGUAUUCACUCAUGGCCAAUUAUACGUAGCACUAUCUCGAGUAACAAAAAGACAAGGAUUAACUAUACUAAAUGUUGACGACGACAUGGAAGAUCCUAUGUUCGUUAAAAAUAUUGUUUACACAGAAGUAUUUCAAAAUAUAUGCCCUCAAGCUGAAAUAGAAACAGACUUGGUUACUGGUCGAGAUGAUUUUACAAUAAGAGUAAGACUUUGUAGAAUGUGGGAUGCCAUUAAUCCCAAGAAAAAUGAUGAGUUGAUCAGUAUGGAUAUGAUAUUUAUUGAUGAAAAGGGUAAUUUGAUGCAUGGUAUAAUUAGGAAAACUCAUGUUAACAAGUUCAAAGACAUGUUGAGUGAAGGUUCUGUAUUUUUAUCAUCAAGAACUUCAAAGUUGUUGAAAACAUGGGGGAUAUAG